CUGUGAGCAUUCUGUCAAAGUCGAUACACUACCGCACCCAUCGUUGGAAAGAAAAGGGAUUUGAUGAGAUUUUACGGCUCUGUACAGUGGUCGUGCAUUACUACAUUUGCAGGGAAGAACAGAUGGAAUUAGUGGACAGUUGCUGUGCUUCACUUUUCUGCCAUGUCAAUUGAUUCAGGUUUCACUGCAUCUGAAAAAUAUGAAAGAGUAGGACCUGAUUACUUUGGGUAUUACUCUUCUGAAAUUGCAAAUCUAUUGUCGCAAGACGACGAUGCAUUUCCUGUUUCUGACAAAAUCCCCGAGUUACCUAAAAGUAAAUAUGAAGAGGGAAGAAAAAAGAGUUUAAUCAAUCAGGGUGAUAAUUCUGGUCCGUUAUAUAGUAAUGGUGUUGGAGCUGGGCUUUCAGACUUUACAAAGGACAGAUUAAAAUCCCUUCUCAGACAGAGUGUCAUUUCUCUUUCAUCUGAAGUUGAUGAGAUGGUAGAGCCUGUUUUUGCGGCAUAUCAUUUGCAAUCCAGGAUAAAAUGUAAAUCAGACUCCUUGAAUUGUAGAGUGAUUGCAUCUGAUGAUUUAGUGCAAGGUCCUAGUAAAAGGAUAAAGGUGUCCUCAUCUUCAUCUUCAGCCAGGUUACUUCCACAAACUUCUAAUGUCAAUCCCCAACGUAGUACCAAGAUUAGUGAUGAUGUUCAAUUCCUACUUGAGAAUGAUAGUGCGGAGGUUGCGGAGAUGGUGAAGAGACAUUCCAGUGAACUCUCUAAAACACUAGGGUAUAUGGAAGAAAAACUUGAGUUCCUUCUGGAUACUAUAAUGCUCAAGUGCAGGUCCAUGACCCUUGCUGAGAAACAACAGCUACAGAGUUUAAUUCAGAAGCUACCAGCAAGAAAUCUUGUUCGUGUAGUGGAGUUACUUCGUCGAAAUAGGCCAGCAGAAGAACAAAGUUGUGACGAAGUAAUUGUUGAUCUCGAAACAGAGGAUAAUGCUUCACUGUGGAGACUGUAUUACUAUGUUGAAGCUGUUGACAAAGCCAAAAGUCUUUCUUGUAGCCUAGUCGACUAGUUUUGUAAAUGCUUUUGAAAGCCUUAGCCUUAUUGGUAGUUCCUCAUAACUCAUUCUGAUCUCGUAAUUCCAGAGUAUACAGAUUUUUAAACUCUUGUCUCAGUUUCGGCAUAGGGAUACUUUAGUCUAUUACUGGGACAUAAUGAAAUUUAUAGGAUUUAGUGUUUUUUCCCUGACUUGACGUGUCUAAGGAUCGUCCCAGAUUGUUAUAGCAAAAGAUGAACUGUUUCUUCUUGAA